AUGGCCGAUGUCGAAAAAUCGCCCGGCCUGAAUGGCCUGGGGUCAAACGAGGAUUUUUCGCCAAACCCUCUCGUGAAUGCCGACAAGCUCGCUCGACGCCUGAGUGGGCGUCAGGUUCAGAUGAUUGCCAUUGGAGGUACUAUUGGCACUGGCUUGUUCUUGGGAACAGGCUCUUCUCUUGCCACCGGUGGCCCGGCUUCGAUGCUUCUUAGUUAUGCGAUUGUCGGCGUUAUUGUGUUCAUCACAAUGCUCUCUCUUGGCGAGAUGGCUGCCUUUGUGCCCGUUGCUGGCUCUUUCUGUACCUUUGCUGGGCGAUUCGUCGAUAGAGCCCUGGGCUUUGCCCUUACCUGGAAUUAUUGGUUCAAUGACGCAUGCAGUACUGCAUCCGACAUCAUCGCCCUUCAGCUACUUUUACAGUAUUGGACCGACAACUUCCCUGGAUGGGCAAUCAGUCUGAUCUUCUUGGUGGUUGUGAUUGCUCUUAACCUCAUGUCUGUCAGGGUUUAUGGCGAGAUUGAGUACUGGUUGAGUCUGCUCAAAGUGGUCACCAUUGUCAUCUUUAUCAUCCUUGGAAUUGCCGUCAACUGCGGCGGAAACAAAAAUCAUGAAUACAUCGGUGCAAGAAAUUGGACAAAAGGCGAAGCGCCCUUUGUCGAUGGGAUCGGUGGUUUCGCAUCUGUUUUCGUUACUGCAUCAUUCGCAUACGGUGGAACCGAGUCCAUCGCCAUCACGGCAGGAGAGACUAAAAGCCCAGCCAAAACAAUGCCCAAGGUUGUCCGGAACGUGUUCUGGCGUAUCAUUCUAUUCUAUCUACUAUCUAUCAUCAUCAUUGGUUUCAACGUACCAUACGACUACCCAGGUCUUUCCGACGGCGACACCAAAACCAGUCCGUUCACGAUCGUUUUCCAACAAGCCGGCUCUGCAGUGGCCGGUAGCUUCAUCAACGCCGUCAUUAUGACCUCGGUGAUAUCAGCUGCGAAUCACGCUCUGUUCGCCGGAUCUCGUUUAUUAUUCACUCUAGCCGUGGAUGGAUACGCGCCCAAAUUCUUCGGUCAUCUGAAUCGCUUCCAGAUCCCGUGGGUGGCUGUCCUUGGUACUUCUGUGAUCAGUGGUCUCUGUUUUGGAGCCAGCUACAUAGGCGCAGGACAACUUUGGUCCUGGCUCCAAAACAUUGUUGGUGUUUCAAACCAACUGUCGUGGAUCUGUAUCGGCAUCGCCUCUUUGAGGUUCCGCUCCGCAGUUCGUGCUCAAGGUAUUGAGCAUCUUCUCCCUUUCAAGAACUGGACAUACCCAGUCGGUCCUAUUUUCGCUAUCGUGUUGAACUCCUUCCUCGUUCUUGUUCAAGGAUGGAAAUGUUUCAGUCCACACUUCAAGGAUGUUGACUUCGUCUCUUACUAUAUUGAGAUACCAAUCAUGAUUGUCAUGUUUUUGGGAUGGAAGCUAGUGAAGAGAACCAAGUUUGUGAGGAAGUCCAACAUGGAUUUGAGGACUGAUCGGUAUGACCCUUCACAAGAAGAAGAUUCUGUGGGCCAGAUGACAUUAAAGGCUGGCAUUUGGGCCAAACUCCAACGCAUUGGGCAGUGGGUGUUCUUCUAA